AUGUGCGUCCGAAGGAUCACGCAUCGUCUUGUGCACGACCGACGUCCGGUCAUUGCCGUCGUUGACAAAAAAACCACGAGGUUCUUGGUGGUGCCUUACGCGCGACCGAUGGCAUGCCACUGCGGAGAAGGCGAACAUGUUGCUGCCGGACUCAAGUGUGACGUGCACGAUUGCUGUACGAAGGAGCUUGAGCUGAUUCUAUGCGACAAUCCCGAGCCGUGCCCUGAGCCCGCCCAGUAUCAUAUAUACGAGCAGGCCCCAAGUCCCCUUCGGGCGCGCUGGUGGCCCAUCGGUGCGAUCGACGAGCGCAUCGCGGCCAUCGACACUUCAAAGUCAAUGGCAGCCUCUACUAGCACGCCACUCUUUGUCAAGGCACGGGCAGUGUACUUGGAGUACAGGGUCGAGGCGCAGCAGCAGAUUUCUGAACUCACUCAGGCAGCUGGAUUGGUGGAGCAAGCCAGGGCGCUACAGUUGAGGCUCACUGGACUUGAGCCAAAGGAGCAAGAGAAGGCUUUGGACCGCGUAGUCGGGGCCGCAGAAGAGAGAUACCUGGAUGUUUGUGUCAAAUCGAUCAACAGGCAUUCCCGUCUCUGCGCAGCUCUCGAGCUUUGGGGUAGGAUACUCGCAAGGUGCCUACGGAACGGGAGCACAAUCGAUGGUAUUGAGCCUGAGGUUCAUUUGUUUACUCAGACACAGGAAUGGUAUGACCUCUGGUCCCCCUGCAUCCCGCGCUUACUUUCGCCAAGCAGCAGAAGAAAGCUGGAGUCUGUGUUGGUACUGGGCGGCUGGCUGGACCCGGCAAUGCCCCAUGUCUCCAGAAACACUUUGCAUUUCAACACGAAGGAGCGUUAA